AUGGGGGAUUUCAUGGACUAUAGACAAGGGGGCGGCCCACCACCACUUUUCAACGCAAACGAGGACCGUAAUGACUAUAUGGAGUCCCUUCCCGUAUUUCUGAAGACAGGAGAAUUUUCCGAUCUCAUCAUUGUCUGCGGCAACGAUCGAUAUCGCGUGCAUAGACUCAUCCUUGGCGGUCGAUCCAACUUCUUCAAGGUCGCUUGCAAUGGGAAUUUCAAGGAAUCGGAUGGCGAGAUCAACCUCCCGGACGAUGAUCCCGCUGCCGUACGAAAGAUGAUUGGUUAUCUUUACAAUAUCGACUAUAACCCCACAACAAAGCAGAUGCCGGACUACGAAGACGAUGUAGAGGCAGAGCUCUCUGAUACAGAAUACGAUGCUGAGACACGGUACCGAAUGAGACUCUUUGGAGCAGAAUUUAUCGAACGAAAAAGAAUAAAACAGCUCAAAGAGCUGGAAUGGGGAGGAUGGCAGGUUGGUGAACCUCCUCUAUCUCCACAGCUCAGCCUACAUGCAAAGGUUUAUGCGCUAGGGGAGAAGUACGGAAUAGAAGGCCUGAAGAAGGCAGCCAAGGGCAAAUUUGAAAGUGAAAUCCAGAGUGGCAAUGUUGGGAUCGACGACUUUGCGGAGGCGGCGGAGGAGGUGUACACUUCGACGGUGAGCGAAGAUAGAGGAUUGAGGGAUGUGGUUGUCAAAAUGAUUGAGCAGGAUAUUCUGCUGUUGGAUCAUGUGGUAGUGCGGGAGGUCAUGCGGGCUACUGACUUUGCGUUGGAUGUUCUUUUGUACAUGUCACAGGGAAUGAGGAGUCGGGCAAGGUUUAAAGAUUCACCAGAGACUGUAAGCCUGAGGGUUUGGGGCUCUUGA